AGUUUGAACCACAUCCGCCAGAUGCCGCCCUGGGCAGCGUAAGGCGUAUAAGGGGUGCCCCAAGGCCGACCACGCAGUGUAAAUCCAGCCCUCGCCCUGUGAAGACAUGAAGCGGGUGGUGGCGGCGCUGGGUGUCGUGGCCUGCAUGGUGGGACCGGCUCAGUCUCGCACCAUCUUCAACUACGCCAGAGAUGGUCUGGAGAGCGAGCAGAGAGGUGUGCCAGGCCAGACCGUGAGGGGAGAGUACGAGUGGAGGUCUCCGGACGGCAAGGUGGUGGAGGUUGCCUACAUUGCCGACUAUCUGGGCUUCAGACUCGUCGACGACCCCAACACCUCACAACGCGCGCCGCCCACGACACACAUAGAGAAGCUGGCUGCAGGGGAAGACGACACAGAUGAAGCGUUUGAAGCUGAGGAAGAAGAGGAGGAUGAUGAAGGAGAUGGGAGAGAGAGAGCAGCAGAGACAGAGGAGAAAGAGGAGGCAGAGGAAGGGGAUGAAACUACUGCUUCCAAUGAUGAAAUAUCGGAUCAAGAGGAGAGCUCCCGGUCAGUGACAGAGAAUGCCGAAGCGCAAACAGAAGAGACAACGGAAUUUUCUGAAGCGGAAUCGGAAAGAAGUGAAAAAGAAGAAACAGGUUUAAAAGACGAGUCCAGCUUGAAUAGUGAUCAAGGCGAAACUAAAGAAAACGAUAACGAUUUUGAAGAAAUUGAAAGAACAGAAGAAACUGCAGAACAAGAUCCUGAAAUAAGCCAAGAUGCUGAAAAAAGCCAAGAUGCUGAAAAAAGCCAAGAUGCUGAAAAAAGCCAAGAUGCUGAAAAAAGCCAAGAUGCUGAAAAAAGCCAAGAUGCUGAAAAAAGCCAAGAUGCUGAAAAAAGCCAAGAUGCUGAAAAAAGCCAAGAUGCUGAAAAAAGCCAAGAUGCUGAAAAAAGCCAAGAUGCUAAAAUAAGCCAAGAUGCUGAAAAAAGCCAAGAUGCUGAAAAAAGCCAAGAUGCUGAAAAAAGCCAAGAUGCUGAAAAAAGCCAAGAUGCUGAAAAAAGCCAAGAUGCUGAAAAAAGCCAAGAUGCUAAAAUAAGCCAAGAUGCUGAAAAAAAACAAGCAGCAGCUGAGGGGACAACAGAAGCCAUAAAUCCUGACACAAAAUCUCUGAAGUCUUUUCCUGUUACAUUUCAGUCUGCACUGCCCGAAGAGGUUAAUGUAGAUCUCAUCACACGAGGCGAGGAUGCUCCAGCCGAGGAUGCUGAGCGAGCCAUGGCUGUGGAAGAGUCCCAACUCUCCCCAGUCGCUGUGGCUGCUCCGGCCGCGUUACUUGCUGAGUAUGCUAUAGGCCUGCUGGAGGAUGAAUCUUCUCUCUCUGUGGCAUCCAACACUCCUCCAGAUGCACCGGAUUCACCUCAUUCCCCAGCUGAGGUUCCAUUAGACGAGACCUUGGAUGGGUUAAUUGAUGGACCUCUCUCAGACGUUGUUCUCAAGGUCAGUAAACCCUAUUCCUUAAACUCAUUACCAGGCCCCAGUCCAGUUGAGAGAGAUGUUGACUUGUAUGCUGCAAGUGACACUGUAGAAAGUGCUGUCUCGUCACCAAUAGAUUAUGUGAAGGAAGUUGAGGCAUCUCAUGUGUUCCCGUUAAUUGAAGUGAAUGAUUCUCCUGCUCAUUUAGAGAUAAGAAGUGUUGACGAUGCUCUGGACCAGGGCUCUGCACAAGUACCGGCUCCAGGUAUUUCCGAAGUUGCCAAUGAAAAUGUUAAUGGAGUUUUGUUGGAGGUAGCAACUCCACUCCUGCCUUCUGCUGGUCAACAAGCUGAGGUAUUGACCUCUCUAAGCCCUGUUACCAGAACCGGGCUGUCGCCACCGGUGCUAGCAGUUUCACUCCUUGAAAUGUCAUCUGAUACCUUAGAAAAUCUGGCAAAACCUGAAAGGGAAAUUGCCGAGUUAUCUCCUGAAGUACAAGUUGAUCCCUCACCACUGUCUCUUAACGCCCUCACUUUGUCUGAUGACACCAACCCUGAUGCUUCCAUUACCCCAGCGUCAACCAUCGUUGAACCACACAGCAAAACUGAAAAUUCUGUUGUAUCCGUCAGGAAAGUGGACACAACUACACCGGUCCAAGUUUCCAGCGAUGAUCCAGAACCACAUGCGACACUCGCGAUUGUUCUGGAACCUGACUCUGCAGAAGUGAUCCCAGCUUCAGUAAGAUAUGAGAACUCUUACAAUUUCGGUCGAAUGAUGGACAGCAUAAACGUCCAUGUGCAAGUUCCAGAGAUCAACCCUUUCAACGCUAUACUUUAUGCAGUAGAAAUCGUUGACCUUGACGAUCCAGAAGCUGUUCAGUCACCAGACCAAGUGAAUGAAUCUUCCACUUCAGAAACAGAGUUGCUGGUCGACACAAAGAUCCUUACCCCAGCUUUCCAAACUAAAUUUAAUGAUAAUUUCAAACUAUCAAACCCCGAAAAGCAAAAGACUUUCGUUCCUCUUUCAGAGCCGGUACCUUAUCUCGCCAGACCAUCACAAGCGAAGGUUCGCCCAUCAGCUUCAAUGGACGAUGAAACUUCAGAUUCACAAAAUUUAGUCCCUGUUAACCCUGCCACGUCUGACCUAACCCUCUCGGCUCCAGGUCAAGACGAAUCAAAUCCCCUCCCGCAAUCCGACAAUGCUCCCAAACUUGCCCAAACAGAACCUGCACUAGUUCCCUCUUUCAUACCUCCUGUUACAGCUCGUGAUAUCAUGCAGCUGUCAGUCGGCCCUUUCCUCACAGGAAGGGAUGUCAUACUGCUCUCUGUUGAGGAGGUACCACAGAUGCCUGAAACUGAUCCAGAAGAAUCCGACUUAGCAACGAGAGAGAUUCCCUCUCCCGCUCCAAGUGUUGCUGAUACAGACGUGACUCUAAUUCCUGUUCAGGAAGUUUCCGAGGCUUCAUCCUUCUAUACGGGACGAGCUUCUGAGAAGAUGAUAAGCUCUACACUUCUUCCGCCCUUACUGAAGCCCUCAGCCUUGCUAUCAAAUAAUAUCAAUGCAAGGAGGGAACACCAGCGACGCCCACAGCUGAGCGAGGAGGGCGGGAAGCACCAGCAGCGCCCACAGCUGAGCGAGGAGGGCGGGAAGCACCAGCAGCGCCCACAGCUGAGCGAGGAGGGCGGGAAGCACCAGCAGCGCCCACAGCUGAGCGAGGAGGGCGGGAAGCACCAGCAGCGCCCACAGCUGAGCGAGGAGGGCGGGAAGCACCAGCAGCGCCCACAGCUGAGCGAGGAGGGCGGGAAGCACCAGCGGCGCCCACAGCUGAGCGAGGAGGGCGGGAAGCACCAGCAGCGCCCACAGCUGAGCCAGGAGGGCGGGAAGCACCAGCGACGCCCACAGCUGAGCGAGGAGGGCGGGAAGCACCAGCAGCGCCCACAGCUGAGCGAGGAGGGCGGGAAGCACCAGCAGCGCCCACAGCUGAGCGAGGAGGGCGGGAAGCACCAGCAGCGCCCACAGCUGAGCGAGGAGGGCGGGAAGCACCAGCAGCGCCCACAGCUGAGCGAGGAGGGCGGGAAGCACCAGGUCAAGGUGAUGAUGGGGUUCAUGGGGAAGGUAAUGGGUUAA